AUGCGUUGCGUGGUCCGUAUCAUUCUACUGACUUGUUUCAUUUUUAUCGCGUUCAUUUAUCUCGCAGUAUCAUAUGCUAAUUCCAAGAUUGUAGUGGCUUUUGACGCUAACGAUGAAGAAGCACGUCGAAUCCUCGAUAGUGCAAUUCCAUCUCCAACAGUUGCGAGCCCGUUUAAUAAUACUGGACCACAAUCAAUGUCAGUAUCGGUAGCAUUAGUCCUGAUUGUAUCACUUAUCAGUGUAGCACUUUUGAUCACAGGUAUUAUCAUAAUUGCCGUUACGCUAGAUCCAACUUCAAAUAGUGAAGAGGAUGAAGAAUCGGAUCUGGAAAUAGAUGAGCCAUCGAAUCCAACAAGAAAAAAGGAUAAACAAAUUGCAGAUCCGAAUAGUUAUUAUCCACGUUUUGAUUAUGACUUCAACAAUUCGAAUACGAUUCUCUCUGAACUCUUUUCCGUAGAAGUUGAGAUCUCCGAGGAAGGAACCGCGAGAGCCAGUGAACGAGAACAUCGGGAGUGGGACUGGGAUUGGCACGUUGAUUCCGAUUUGUCCGACAUCGACUUCAUUGGUGAACUUUCUGGCGGUGGCACCGUUGCUGGUGAAGAUGGCGGUUCCGUUUCCGUAUGGGUUGUUGUUGAUAAUUUCGAUAGCUUCGUUGAGGUUCUCAGCUUCCAUGACAACAACAAGAAUGGUUGGUCCAACAAAGUUUCCAUUUUCAAAUCCUGGAACAGUGAUAUUGGAACCAUCGAGUGGAAUUUGUGCUCCCUCCUUUCUUGCGCUCUCGAUAAGACGAAGAACGCGAGCCUUGGAAUGCUUGGAGAUAAGUGGUCCAAUAUCAGUAUCUGGUUUCCAUCCAGCAUUAACCUUCAGGUUCUUAGCUUUCUCCACGAGCUCUGGGAGCCAGGCACGAGCCUCUCCGACGAGGACGGCGGUGGUGAGAGCCAUGCAACGUUGUCCAGCGGCUCCGAAAGCGGCAGCGGUGAGCUGAUUAAGAGUUUGCUCCUUGUUGGCAUCAGCCAUGAUGACUCCAUGGUUUUUGGCUCCCAUGUUGGAUUGAACGCGUUUUCCGUUCUUGGAUCCACGCUCGUAGAUGUGCUUUCCCUGAAAUGGAAUUAUACUUCAAUAUACUUCUGCAAGAAACUUACAGCCGCAUCUCCUCCAACGAAGGAAAUAGCCUUGAUAUCUGGAUUAUCGCAGAUAAACCUCCUUGGCGAGUUCAACAAGAAGUUGAGCUGCUCCUGGGUCUUGCUCAGAUGGCUUGAUGACCAUGGUGUUUCCAGUGGCCAAAGCAAUUGGGAACAUCCAAAGUGGGAUCAUAGCUGGGAAGUUGAAUGGGCAGAUUCCAGCAGUGACUCCGAGUGGAAUUCUGUAGGAGUGUGUAUCCAUAUCGCGAGAAACAUUUGGAAGAGUCUCUCCCAUCAUGAGAGAUGGAACGGAGCAAGCGUGCUCGACAACUUGAAGACCUCUGCUAACAUCUCCCUCAGCAUCUGGAAGCGUUUUUCCUUGCUCAAUGGUGAUGCUCUCAGCAAGUUUCUUCAUGUCUCUCUUGAUAAGAGCUUGAAGUUUGAACAUGCAUUGUUGACGACCACAUUAACUCCUGACCAGACGGCAACACUCGAAUCUCCAUGUUCUCCAAUGAUCCAUCCGUGGCAAGAAGAUGGGGCAAUAUUCAACUUUUCUGACAGCAAGAAGCGGAAACGAGCCGAAUCGAGAUUGGUUCCAGAUCCGAAGACACGCUCCCGUGGAAGUCCUGACAGUUUCCAGGUGACAUAA